AUGAAGGUUGUCGUCGAAGCAGCUAGCAGUGCCGUUGAGAAGUGGGAGGCCUGGCGUGAGAGUAAAGGCACAGAAGCGGAUCAGGCAAAGACAUCAAUGGUGCUUGACGAACGCCUGAGCAAGACCUCACUGAGUGACGACAAUCUGGCCGUGACAAUUGCGGACAGAGAUCCGGUCUUGAAAGAGGAAGGCGGAGUCAAAAUUACAGUCAGUGAGCGGAUCAAACAGGUGGAAAUUAUUUCUAUCGAGGAGAUCUCGCCAACGGAGCUGGAAACGUGGAGCGAGAAACUCACAGAAGAGCCCAAGUUUAUACCAUCGGGCCCCGUGGUGAAGGAGACGGCCAUAGAGCUCAGUCUCACAACUAAAGCACUGCGUGGACUUAGCAUUGCUUUAGGCGCUGGAGUCGCCGCUGCCAUGACCUUCUCCCUGGUGCACGACUGGAAGGAUUUAACCACAGCAUGCAAGGUUAUCAACACCCUCUCUGUAGUUGUGCAGAUUCUUGCUGUCCUAGUUGAGGGGGUUUCGCUUCUUGUCGACGUUGGUUUGAUUGCCUCUUCCGUUUUGACGGCUGUGCCUCCUAUUGUCGGUGUCGUUCUAGCGCUGGCGGGGGUUGUACUGAUGAUCUUGUCUGUCUGCGGUAUCCAACUGUAUAAGGAGCCCCCAACCCCGAACCCAGUAAAGGACUUCAUCGACGACACGGUCACAAAAUUGAUCAAAGACUGGCCGAGUCCUCCAAUCCCUCAGCUCACUUAUCAAACUGACAAACCGUCGUUUAAAGAGGGCGACACAUCUUUGACGAUAACCGCCACAAACAAGACCGCUGAAGAGAUCGACCCCAUCUAUGCACAGAUCACUGUUUAUAGCGGCGGUACGUCCAAUUGUCUGUUCACCGAAGGCAGUUUCAACAAGAUCAACCCGGAAGGUAAGAGUGACGGCACGGUGACCGUGACACCGGGAAAGGACAAGUUCGAUAAUUCCCUGCUUCCACACCGGGUCGAGGAUGAUCCUGCUGCUUUUGUGUUCAACCUCUUGCUGAAGGGUUUGAAGGGCAAGGGUAACCCGGAAGCAUAUUUGAAGCUGAAGGCCAAUGAGAAGAUCGACAGCACCUGGAAAGGCCAUGCCAGCCACAAAGGAGGCAGCAGUAUUAUUGAGAUUGUAGAGGUCAUGAAGAAUAUGGACAAGACUCAUAAAUUGUUGACUGUUUUGAAGUCUUCUUGA